GUUAGCAAAUAUGCCGCGCAGCGACUUCGUUAUCCAAACCAAGUUCUACGUCGUGCCACAAAUGACAGACAUCCUCCACCCCACGGAAGCACCACUCCUGAAGCUCAAAACUAGCCUCAAGAACCUCGGUUUAGAUUACGUGGACAUUUACCUUGUUCACGGGCCGAUCCACAUCCAAUCGUUCGAGCGAAUCGCGAAGGGAAUGGCGGAAUGCGUGGAUAAAGGGCUGACAAAAUGUGUUGGUGUGGCGAACUACAGUACCGAGGAUAUGAUCAAGAUGCAGGAAGAGUUGGCGAAAUACGGGGUUCCGCUUGCGAUCAAUCAGUGUGAAUUCUCCGUUUUGCGUCGCCAGCCGGAAACGUCGGGGCUUCUGCAAGCUUGCAAAGAGCGUGGCAUCGUUUUCCAGUCAUACAGUUCUCUCGCUCAAGGCAGACUCACUGGGAAAUACACCAAGGAUAAUCCACCGCCCAAGUCGUAUCGUUUUUCGUCGUACGACAUGGCGGAUAUUGAGCCCGUGCUGGAGGUCCUGAAACGGAUAGCGGACAAGCGAGGUGUAAGUAUUACUGCCGUGGCGCUCAAUUACAAUCUGUGCAAGGGGAUCACUCCGGUGGUUGGCAUCAGGAAGGAAGAGCAGGCGAUCGAUGACUGCCAAGCGCUGGGGUGGCGGCUUUCAAAUGAGGAAAUCAAGGAGAUUGAUGCUGUCAGCUUUGAGGGGCAUACGACGAGUCUGUGGCAGCAGGGUUGAGAGACGGAAGCAGACAGUGGUGAAGCUGAUCCCAUAGUCAUCGUAGUAUGUAGAUGUAUGAAACCUCACUGGCAG